CCAUGAGUAGCGAUGGGUCUUCCAUACGCUUUAGCGACCACACACUUGACAAGGCCACCAAGGCCAAGGUAACAUUGGAAAAUUACUACAGUAAUUUGGUGACACAAUACGGCGAACGUAAACAACGUCUGGCCAAGUUGGAGGCCCAACUAAAAGAUGAAAGUCUCACAGAUUCCCAGCGCCAAGAAAAACGCCUCCAACAUGCCCAAAAAGAAACGGAAUUUCUUCGCCUCAAACGUUUACGUUUGGGUGUUGAAGAUUUCGAGGCGUUGAAAGUAAUCGGUCGGGGAGCUUUCGGCGAGGUCCGUCUCGUCCAGAAAAAGGACACUGGCCAUGUGUAUGCCAUGAAAGUUUUGCGUAAGGCUGAUAUGUUGGAAAAGGAGCAGGUGGCCCAUGUGCGUGCUGAACGUGAUGUAUUGGUUGAGGCCGAUCAUCAAUGGGUCGUUAAAAUGUACUAUAGUUUUCAGGAUCCUUCAAAUUUAUAUUUAAUUAUGGAAUUCUUGCCCGGCGGUGAUAUGAUGACUCUAUUAAUGAAAAAAGAUACACUCUCAGAGGAAUGCACACAAUUUUAUAUAGUGGAAACAGCAUUGGCUAUAGAUUCGAUACAUAAAUUAGGUUUCAUACACAGAGAUAUAAAACCCGAUAAUUUACUAUUGGAUGCGCGUGGUCAUUUAAAGCUCUCUGAUUUUGGUUUAUGUACUGGUUUGAAAAAAUCACAUCGCACUGAUUUCUACAGAGAUUUAUCACAGGCAAAACCCUCAGAUUUUAUAGGAACAUGUGCAAGUCCCAUGGACUCAAAACGUCGUGCCGAAUCAUGGAAACGCAAUCGACGAGCCCUGGCCUAUAGUACGGUCGGCACACCUGAUUAUAUUGCUCCUGAAGUGUUUUUGCAAACGGGCUAUGGGCCCGCCUGCGACUGGUGGUCAUUGGGUGUGAUUAUGUACGAAAUGCUAAUGGGUUAUCCACCAUUUUGUUCGGAAAAUCCCCAGGACACUUAUCGUAAAGUAAUGAAUUGGCGUGAAACGCUGAUAUUCCCUCCCGAAAUACCCAUAUCAGAAGAGGCAAAAGAAACCAUUAUUAAAUUUUGCUGUGAAGCUGAUCGUCGUUUGGGUUCGCAACGGGGACUGGAGGACUUGAAAUCGGUACCGUUCUUCCGUGGCGUCGAUUGGGAACAUAUUCGUGAGAGACCCGCCGCAAUACCCGUUGAAGUCCGUUCCAUAGAUGAUACAUCGAAUUUCGAUGAAUUCCCCGAUGUUUCGCUAGAAAUACCCUCAUCACCCAUGCCCCAGGGCAGUGAAAUUGCCAAAGAUUGGGUCUUCAUCAACUACACGUUCAAACGUUUCGAAGUACGCAAUUUGGAGUGAGGCUUGGCCUUUGUGCGUUUUUAAAAA